AUGCAGAAGUUUCGUAUUCGUGGCAAGACAUGGCAAAUGUCGGUCGGCUCUCAUUCUGAGAACGGGUCUCGUACGGUCUGGCUGGAGGAGCGCUGCCGUCCAAAGUGGGGUCUUGGAUGUGUACUUUGUGCGCAGAUGGUUCUUCGUCUACAGCUGGACAAGGGCUCUGCAAAAAUGAGGCGCAGCUACAGCACAAAAUGGAGCCGUUUCGAGAUUGACGGCAUUGCCAGCAUGCAAACGUGUGCAUUCAAGAAGCACAGCCAGAGCGACCAACACAUGGCCGCAUGGAGGCUGUUUCGUCUUCCUGCACAGGCCCAGGUCUUCGCUACGCCCAGCUGCGAUUCAGACUUGGACCUGCUGAAAGGGUCUGUUCCACAACCCAGCGACUGGCUGUCGGUAUGGUCUGACACGGUCCGGGUCAACUUGUCUUCCCGCGGGUCAACCAGGUCUUCAUUGACUCAGCAAUUCAUUUCUUCGAACAGACUGCAGGUCAAGGAGGUCGAGCGGCGUGCCAUCGCCCAGAUGCGUCUGAUUCUGCGGGAGUGUGUCAGGGAGAAAAAACGCCAGCAGCUACAGCAGGCCAGGUCUAUCUGCUUGUCUCUGGACGACAAGGGCUUCUCCCCCUACAGGCUGCUGCGCUUCAAGUGCUGUACGGCUGAUGGGCAGGUCUUUGGUGGCAUCGUUGGAUGCAUGCACAGCAGCAAGCUGUUGCUGGACAACCCGGAGAAGUGGGAGGAGGACAAAAGCGUGUCUGCGGCUGCGACGGUUCAUCAUCUGGUGGAGGUCUUUUGCACACCAAUGGGUUCAGACCAACCGGACGAAGGACUCAUGCAGGUCUUCCGCAACAACGUCCGCAGCUUCUGCGCGGACGGAUGUCCGUACGUCCAGAAGGUCGGCAGGGUCUUAAGGUCUCGGUACUAUCCGAAGAUAGUACUGCUGUCUCGAGACAUGGCGCACAUGCUACGGUGUUCCUACCAGCCCCCUCUAGCGGCCGACCCGAAGCAGGAGGAGCUGUGGGGUCUCAUCAACAGUGGGGACGGCUCCUUGUUCCCUGCCCUUCAACAUUCGCACGAAUGGAGGGCCAGGCUGAUGACUUUGAAUAGGUCGGUCUUGGAGAAGGAUGGGGCUAUCCACAACAUUUUGCGGUCUAACCUACGACACUUCUGUUGGGCUCCGCAGAGAUGGGAAAGUGCAGCCUGUCCUUUGCGCCGCUUCAUCUACCUCCUGACGCCGAUAGCGCUGCUCAUGGCAAUGACUGCCGCAGACCAGCGUACAGGUGUUCAGCUGCGUGCGAAGUGUCACAAGCUUCUGGCCGGCAUGCGGCCCGGUCUUUUGAUCGCCUUGGGCUUGGCGGCCGACUUUGGCAGUGAGGUCACGGGCUUCUUGCGUGAGUGGGAAAAGGACUUCGACGUGGCCACGGUCCAUCGCCGCAUCGCUGCCUUCAAAGCCAAGAUUACCAGCUUGUUUUUGGAAGCUCGCAUCUUUGACGAGUUACAGGACGUCCCAGAUGAAGAGCAGUCCAGUGUGGUCUUGGCCGCGAAGCAUGCCAUGCAGACACCGGAAAUCCAGGUCAAUGGCAAGGUCUACAACGUUUGGCCUUCCGGGUCCGGUCGCAUGCCAGAGGUCCAGGAAACGGUCUCUAGCUUUCAGGUGACCACACAGGCCUUUCUUGGCCGAGUGGCAGCAGAGCUCCCAGACCAGGAGAUGAAGAUGACACUCAGGGCCUUGGACUUGGUCUUGUGGCGGAAGUCCAGCACCGUGGGGAAGGUCAAUUUGGAGGUCUUGGUCCGUCUCUGGUUGAAGGACUUGGGCAUGGACCACGACCAGCAAACUGUUGGUAUUCAGCAGUACAGAGACGCUGCGCCCGGCCCUAAGAAUGUCACAUUGGGUCUCCAUGACAUCAUGGGUUUCCUUGACUUGUCUUGUCCAAACUCUACGGAGCGAGGGUCUUACCUCUGUUCGAAGCACACGGACGAGGAGAUCGGCAACGACAAUCGCGGCAUUUGGGCUACAGUGAUGGACAAAAACUGGACGGUCUUGAACGUGCUGCUGUCUUUCUACCUGUCCUUGGAAGUCUCAUCCUGCACACUGGAGCGCAACUUUUCGGAGCUUCGCCGCUUUGUCGAAUCCCACUGCGGGGCAAGCCAGUCUGAAUCCCAAGAUAUUGAAGCUGCCUUGGAGCUGCGACUGGAUGGACCACAGGACGAGGCAGAGGUCUGCCGAAGGACUUUCCCAGAGCAAGGUCCAGGUCUUCUUCAGCUUUCCAAGAAGGUUCAGGUGGCCUUAGCUGUGCCUGGAUCUGGGUCUGGGUCCCCACUGCUGGAACUCAAUGCGUUCUCCAAACGCCUGGCAGAACUUUGGAUUCACCACCACGGCCGCAGGUUUCAUGUUUACAAGAGAAGACAGGACUGUGGUCUUCGGCGAGGUCCCCGCGAAGGAACGGAGUCGUCCUUGAUUGCUGCUCAGAAGCGGGCUCGAAGCAAAUUGAGCCAAGGUCUUGGGGUGGACUCCAGACAACUUUUCGGAGCAAAGCGGUCCAAGCUGGCUUGGAAGGCCGCCGGGUGUCUCGAGGACUCUGAGAUCUACAAGCAGAAUGAAUCCAUGAAGGUGUUUCACGAGCGGUCUGCCACGAUCAAGGAGAAGCAUCUGGAUGUCAGGAGGGCCAAGAUCGACGGAUCUGAGCCGUAUCCCGUAGGCGGGCUUUAUUGA